UGGACCAGAAUUGCGUCGCCCUGAACAUGUUGGAGAGCGGCAAGAUGACCAGCGACACGCAGGCCGAGCCCAUGGAUCUGACCACGACGCGGCCAGGCAAGCGACGUGCUGUGACGUCCACGUUGACCACCGCGAGUAUGGCGGUGUGCGCCUCGGUUUUCGGCAUUACUGUGUUUGCCGACUACGAGGGCGGAGCGGUGAACUCGGGCACUGUCCGGGGCGUUGGCCGUGUACUCCACGAGGCCCCGACUGUUUGCGGCAUGGACGGGUGCUCUACGGACGGCUCGCUGUCUAUGGUGGGCUACGUGGUAGCAGCGGUGAGGUCGUGGUGGCAGUUCGUGUCAUCAUCAGAGCUGGUAUUCGGUGUGCUUCUGAACGUGCUUUCAUUUAUUGCCAUCGUCGCGGUGUACCAGCUGUGGCAGUCUCACUCGGUGGGCGAGUGGUCUUGGAAGAACCCGAUGCAGUCCAAGUCGGAGCGCCACGGUGUUGUUUGUCGGCAAGCCAAGUUGUCACCAAGCAAAGCUGACUCUGGUGAGGAGAAGAAGAGUAGCGCCGGUGCUCGAGACGUCCGCCUUCGUGACAAACUCCCCCGUGGCAAGAACAGCAGCAAGGAAGCCUUCAUGUAGUGGGCCUUCGUGUCCACAUUAGUAUCAGUGCGUAAUUUAUUUCGAGGCUAUCAACGCUCAAUCAAUGGAUGUACUCAUCAUAUCUUU